GCAAAAAUGAACGGAUGGGAAAAGAACAACCAGAGGUUAGUUGAAAUUAACUUUUUACAAAGUUGGCCACGGCCGCUUAUUUUUGACGUGAACGUGAACCAAGAUACAUAAUGGAGGCUCCUCUGCAGUUCUUACCCUGAGGUAGAUGACGAGAGAACUCGAACGAGAAGAAACGUCUUCAAAGAACUUCAACGACGCAGCAGGCGCGGAGAGGAACAAUUUGGGGUCUCCCGGAACGACGGCUACUGGCGAAGAGCAGGGACCGGACCACGGAGAUACGUAAAAACGAAUUUUUUGAUAGUGGUCUAACAAGCGAGGACAAGGACUCGUCAGAACAAGGCGAAGACCAAUCAUGGCUCCUCAAGAGGACAAGGCUGCCCCUCAAGAGGAUCCGAUCUUGUUGAAAGUCUCGGUAGAACUCGCACAAGAUGCGGAACCGGAGUUGCUGUGCGUGAGGCGAUCAGAUCUUAGUGCUGAAAUUAUGAGGCUGGGUAGGUUAUGUAAAUCUUUAUGAGGAUACAACUUGUUGAAAUUGGAGAAAACUUGUUUAUGAGGAUACAUGAGAUAAGCCUAAGUAAGUUUUAGAGGUUAAAACUAACCGGUUGUUUUUUUAGGGGGUAGGUUAUGUUUAUGAGGAUACUUGUUGAAAUUGAACCAUUGGUGGUCGUUAAGUAGAAACUGCUGCUCGUGCUCGUGGUGGUUCAUUUUCUGGCGAGAGCUACUGAAACACCUAGAAGACGUGCUAAUCAAUUUCACCUUCUAAAUCUAAUACAACACCCGGUGGCAAAAGUGGAAUCGCGCGUUUGGCUGAGGAGUUCUGCAUGCAACAUGCUCUUGACCUGGCGAAGGUCCAAAAACCACUAGAGGAGCACAUCAGGGAAAAUGUGGCUGCUGCACAUUUGGAGAUCAACACCUCAGGUGAAGGAACGAGCAAGAAGAAAGGCUCUUCUUCAAAACCAGGAAGUAGAGACGGCAGUAGAGACCGAGGUCGUGGCGACAUUCCAGAUCUCGGUAGAGGAGCAACACCAUCGACCUCCUCAAGGUCCGCAAAGAUGCAAUAUCCGCCGAUGAGCGGAAAUCUCGAACGCAUCUUGAAUCGGAUGGCACAACCAAAAUCUUCUGCAGAGAACUACAAGGUGUCAAUAUAACAUUCUAAUACUGAAUAUGAAACGGAAAUCUGUUAUCAUUAUCAAGUUUCUGAAGAAGGAAAGCAUGAUAAUGAUAACAGAUUUUCUUUUCAUACUGAACAAGAUCACUAUAAUACUACUUGUUUGAGUCAUAAAAAUAUCUGUACUAGAUUAAUAUACAAACCAUUGCCAUUCCCAUUCCCGCCCACAAGAUCGACUGAAAUUACUACACCAGGGGGCAACGACGACGACAACAGGGGAUACGAGGCAUCUUCCUGAAGCACGGCAGCGCAACAUGGUAGAAAAGCUAGGAGUAGGAAGGAGUAGUCUUACGGCUUGAGCUUUUAAGGAUAAACUACAGCACAAAGAAUUUGUUAGCUGGGCAGCUAUUACUAAGUACAUUCCCUCGAAUGAAUAGUGCCUACAACCAGGAACUUAUCAUUAAUUCAUCCUUGAGAGGUCUAAAACUCGGAGUCGCGAAGUUUUCCGGAGACUGCACCAGGAUCAUGCAGAGCGCAAGAUUCGGAUAGACAUACAGCGGAGAGUAGAACAGCAGCAAAGAGAACGUGCUAGCGGCAAACUGCAGAAGGAACUACAAGGAGGGGCAGUUUACUCUGGAGGAGGUGAUCGAUCUGAAGAGCGGGGCGGCUUUAGUCUUGAUGACUCCGGACGAGAGCAGCAGUUCUUACGAUCAGGGAACUCAUCUCAAACUCAGCAGCGGACUGGUAGCGCUUCCUCGAAGAGGGCAAAGAACCCCUUAGAACGCCUCUACCGGGAUGCGAAAGCCAUAAAAGCUCGAAAAGAGAGGAAAAUGCAGGAGAAGGAGGAACUGGAGAAUUUUGAGAUUUCCCAGUACACCUUCAAGGUAAGGCCACCGCUAAAGCAUCCUCACCAUCAUCCUUGGGCCUUUCUCUACUUGAAAAAGGCGCCAAGGAUUCUCCCAAGAAUGCCAACGCGGUAGCUCUAAUCAAGCCAGCGAUCCAUCCGAGCCAGAGCCGCGUAGCGGGUCACUCAAACUUCGACUCGGCGAAUCCUGCGAGACGUAUAUGAAGGGUGUUUUUUCGAUCUAUCAGACCAUCGCGGCUCCCAUAUCAGACCAUCGCGUUUUUAAGGGGACGAAAAGGGUAGCCGUGAUGGUCUGCCUAGAUGGAAAGAACGCCAUUCAUAACGAAGCGAGCGAGCAAGGGAAAAAGUGGAGCAGCUGAGACAACAGAGGCUCCUAUGCGAAAUGCAGGACUGCACCUUCAAACCACAUAUCGACGAAAGAUCUCAGUACUUGAUUAUAUCCUUAUGAAUUUUGUACCAAUCAAUUUCAAAAUCAAAAAUCGAGAAGUAAAGAAAACGACAGGAAUUAUUACCUCCAAUUUCGUUUCAAGAUGAUUAUGAUGAACAUCAUACCUACAACUACAACAUCUACACCCACCUUCAUCGUGUUACCACGUUACCAACCAAACACUACCAGCGAUAUGAUGGAGAGACGGAUUGUAUGGCUGCUUUUUGUCAAAUGACCUGAUCGUGCUGAAAGGCAAAUUCAAGUGGACUAUCCAUGCAACCGCCUCGGGUUAGUCCACUAUCCACUGCCUCAUGAUCCAUUCAAGUGGACUAUCCAUGACAUCGCCUGGGGAUUCCCGUGAACUAAAUAGUAUCCGUUAUAGUACAAAUUCAAGUGGACUAUCCAUGCCACAUAAACCCUAGCCUUAGCCCUACCCCUAGUAACCCACACGGCAAAGCUAGGUCCACACCACCUCUAAUUGCCGCCCGCCUGAAGAUUCAGGGCUCUCUAUUCGAGCACCUGUAUGAAGAUGCGAAGAGACGGGAGGAACGCAUGAUCGAGUACGCAAAUUUGGUCAGUCCAGAGGUUACCUUCAAGCCGGAUAUAGGCAACGACAAAUACCGACCACCACUAGAUGACAACGUGGAGGACUUUUUCACCCGUUUGGCAACUCAGCGGACUUACGCAAGAAGGGAUGGGCAUCAGAGGAGUACAAGUCCCCGACGAGGAGGUGACGAGAAGGUGAAUUAUCCUCCAGGUAGUGGUAGUGCUGGUGCUACAGGAGCCAAUAAAUCUGCGUCCCGUGGGGACGAGCAGUCACUACCUCCUGCAUGUAGUUUUGCGCCACAAGUCGGUAGGCCUCCUAAUUUCGCGAGAAACGAAGAGGGCAAGCCUAUUGGCGAUUUCUUGUACGAGGUUGGCCAAUAUGUGCGAUAUCUCAAGGAAGAAAUAGUGGAAGCAAAGCAGCAAGAAGACAACAGAGCUCGGAUGCCACAAAUGGGACAAGUUUCGCGUCUCGUGUUUGCGGAGAAGAAGAGAAGGAAAUAUUUGGUACUGUAUGUAUUAACUUUUACGUCUACAGAUAUCACGACCACCGAGGACCGGUUCAACAGUACAGGAAAUAUUCCGUCUUCCUAUCCAACAGGAAAUCUUCCAUCUUCUCUCCGACGGUGCGGGUGUGGUUUCGGGUGAGAAUUUCAAAGUAGAAUUGGUUCCAGAGGGCUUCCACGAGUUCCUACGGCCAGUGCAAGCGUAUCUUGAGGAGACGGGGAGUAGAUUCGACUUCGAAGGAUUUUCCGUGACUCUUGAUUACGUCCUAGAGAAAACCGGAAUUCCUUCUUCGCAUUUAUUCACUGCGGCUGCAGUGUCAGAAGGCGGGGGCGGCCUGACUGCAACUGGUUCGACUGCAGCAGGAGGGUCGACGGUGGGGACAAUAAUGGGGUCAAGGUACUAUUUAGUACAUCUGUAGAUGAAAGUGAGAGUGACUACAUUUGCAUUCCAGGACGCUAAUCAUGAUGCGAGUGUUCUGCAUUUUUUCUCUAAGGCGUAACAUCUUGACCCCGCCCCAUGAACAACAAAAACUUUCAGUCGUGGUUUUGCGCAUCAGACUCCACGAGGAGCAAGAACCCCGCUGAAAGCCGGUGAGAACAAGAAUUCUUACACUCCACGACUCGAUCGGAAAAGUAUCGCGAUUGCGAACCAAAAAUAUGCGCUGUCAGGAGAGCCAGUGCAUGAUAGACUGCAGAAGAUGGACCAGAAAUACAAGGAACGGCGCACGCAACGUAUGGAAGAAAAGGAAGCUGCGGAAAUGCUAGAGUGCACCUUUGCGCCAAAUCGUGUGAGGAAUGAUGGUAUUUGAUUUAUAGAGAGCACGUUCUUGAACGUGGUAGAUUGUCAUUACGGGUGGUCAACAUAAGAUACUGUGAGAGAUACAUGUUGUACAUCUUGAGAUUGAGAUAGAACAAGUACUGGACCUCCAUGAGGACGACCAUAAAAACCAGGUCAACUCCGUCUCACCCCUCGUGGCCCACUGGGUGCAUCGUCUAGUUUCAAGCCACCGCCUAGAGGUACGCAUGACUUCCAAAUGAAAGAGGUUGACGAUGUGUUACAAGGUGCUGGAACAGCGGUUCGUGAUGCGGCUGCCGCAGUGGAACGGACAAGCCUGAACACAACAGCGAAGAAUAUUAAGGCUCAACUUUCAAUGGUGUCAUUUAGAUUGGAGUCACUGAAGAGAUCGAAGAGGCGACCCCUACUUGAGACAACAGGGGAAAACGAAGGGAAAGAAGGGGGUCUCUUCCGUUCAGCAUCAGUGACCAUUGAAUGCUGAGCUUUAAGAAUAGCACAAACAAGCUUAGAACAAGUGGCACUGGUGGUGGUGUCGGUGGUACAAUCUCUCCUCCGGCAGGCGGAGGUCCACCGAGCAUGAACACAAGGAAAAGCGGCGCUUCGUCUAGAGGUAGUAAAACCGAAGAUCGAGGGACACUACAUGACGUGCCACCAACAGGACCGGUUGUCGCAAGAUCAUCAUCAUGACACUGAGGACCGAGUGGAGGAUUAUGAACAGAAUCGAAAGGCACAACUAUUAUUACCUAGAUCUUAUUGAUUCUAGUACAAGUAGUAAGAAUUGUUGAGUAACACCUUUACCUAUCUCAAGCUCAUCAAGAGCAUCGCUAUAGAAAGAAAUUCAAUUUUUGAUUUUCGCGUUCGUACGUAGUUCAUUAACAAAAACCAAGAACAACUACUGGAGUUGUAAUAAAUAGAAUAAGCAAACAAGAAACAAGUCUUUUCCAAAGCAGAUGUGGUGCUGUCAUCACUAACUUAAGCAACUCACUAACACUCGCUAACCUUUCUCUAUCGUAUUACAAAGCUGUAGAAAACACUGAUACUUAAGUUACUAGAUCAUAGCCAAAUUAGAGAGUAGGCGAGACGCUCUUUUUCCGGAAAGUAGAGUAUAAAAGUCAACACGAGGCUACUUACUGGGACUGAAAAAUAGAUUGAUAGAGUUUUUGGGACGAGUCGGCUUGUAAAGUCGUGAGGAUUGAAGUCGAUAAUGUUGAACAAAUGUCAUGGUGAUUCACAUCAUUUUACAAAAUGCACCCCAUCCUUGUCCUUCCUUGGUGAGAUGAUUCAUCUUUUUUUUUGCAUGGUCAUGACUCAGAUUGCAAUCAUUUUUUGUGUUUUCAGAAUCAAUAAGAAUGAAUCGAUGCCGCCAGACGAAGGAGACCGAGACGCUCCUACGCGUUGCUAGUAUCAAAAUGCCUGAAUAAGUCUUAGACGUGACAGUAUGACUUUUGAGAUCAUGCGUAUUUUGGAUUGUGUGAUUGCUUUGCAAUUAUCUCCUUUUCAUAUUCAUUGAGUCAUAUCUGUCACUCACCUCGAUAACAACGCACCGCACCGACAAAAUCCAGUAUGCCUCAUAAGUAUAUGAAUGCAACGAAAGGUAUCUUGACCUCAGCUUCGCAUACACGAACAUCCUCUUCAUGAGAAUUGUGGUUUCUCACCCGCACGUGAU